UCGCAAUCCCGAAUUCUCAGAACAUCAACUAAUACAUCGUCUAUAGAGUUACUUGUAUAACCGUCGCAAACAAGGGUUCAUUCUCGCACCUUGUCUUACCGUAUGUUACACGGGUAAUAAUAAUGAUGAAAGGACCAUCAAUGUGUUUUCGUGACUUGGAAGUCUCCCCCACACAACAAUAUUUUGAUAAUCUUCAAUAGGACAGCCUACAAUGGCGCCCAGAAGGGUGGCCGCAUUUAGGAGACUUUCGGGCACGGAUUUUGUGUAACGAUUCCCGAUUGUCCGUGUAGCAGGUCUCAAGUACUCGGGUCCCUUUUACCUAUCUCCCUUAUUUGAGCGUGUUGGACGGGGUUAUGGGCGCGAGCCGAGCGCGACGCCGCAACAUAUGCGCCGCACACACGCAUAGAGCCACUUCCGCCCAUGCACCCCGGAUCGGGUCGCGACUUUAAAAUCCGUACACUAAACACAAACCACAUGUGACUGCCUGCCACUCUAUAUGCUAACCAACUCACUGGUAAUGGCUGCGAAUUCGACCCGUCAACGCCUUUGAAUCCAGUCAUGUCUAGUGAGGUGCGUGAUGCCGAGAAGGCUGCUGGUAUGCCCGCCGAUUUACAUCAAUGCAAUUCUAGACCUGCUCACAACAUCGAUCCCGCCCUAAAUCGCCUUCCUCCUCUCGAUACAUCGCCACGUGGUUGGCUAGCUGUGGUCGGUGGAUUUGCCUGCCUGUUCGUAUCGUUUGGUUGGAUCACGUGUAUUGGCGUGUUCCAGGCGUACUACAGCACGCACCAGCUACGCGACUACAACGCCAGCGACGUGGGCUGGAUCACCUCGGCCGAGACCUUCCUACUCUUUCUAGGCGUGCCCAUCUUCGGCGGCCUAUUCGACCGUCUCGGUCCUACCGUGAUCCUGAUCAUCGGCACCGUCCUGCAUGUGGGUGGUCUGCUCGGCGUCGCCAAUUGCCGUACCUAUGGCCAGUUCUUCGCCGCCCAGAGCAUCGUGAGCGCCAUGGGCACCGGCGCCAUCUUCGUUGCUGGCACUACCGCCGUCGGUACCUGGUUCAAAGCUCGGAGGGGGCUUGCGCUCGGCCUCGUCAGUGCUGGGAGCGCCUUGGGCGCUGUGAUUGGCACCGCCGUUAUCCCCGUACUAUUCGAUCACAUCGGUUUCUCCUGGACCAUGCGCGCGGUCGCCCUGACCUACUUUGUGUUGUUGGUCAUAGCCAUCGCUACCACGUCGCGCCGGCCGCAGGAAGCAGUCUCUUCUCCAGCGCCCUUCCGUGUAUCUCAAUUUGUACCGGUGUCGCUUCUCCGGUCCGGUCCAGUUCUUACUCUCGCCAUUGCCUGCUUCUUCUACUUUCUAGGAGUCUUUAUCCCCUACAACUUCAUUGUGGUCGAGGCCCAAGACGCCGGCGACGGCCAGCAAUCCGCCAACAACUUACUCGUUAUCUUGAGUGCCACAAGCACCGUAGGCAGGGUCAUGCCCGGUUGGCUCGGCGACCGUUACGGGCGCUUCAACACCACCAUCGCGUUCACCUUCUUCUCCAUCGUGCUCGUCUUAUGCGUGUGGAUAGCGGCGCCGUUCAAGGCCGGACGCAUCGUCUUCGCGGCGCUCUAUGGCUUCGGCUCCGGAACCUUUGUGUCUAUGGUACCUACGCUUAUAGCUCAGGUCUGUCCGGACAUGAGCAAGCUUGGGCUGUACCUAGGCGCCGUGUACCUCGUCAUCGCGCCGUCGGUGCUCAUCGCCCAGCCUGUGGCCGGCUUGUUGGCUGAUGCCGGGGAUAGGAACGGCCGGGAUCCUUAUGUGUGGCUUAAGGUGUUCUGCGCGCUGGGAAUGAUAGUAGGCAUUGUAGGAUUUAUAGCUGCGAGGGCGGCCUACCAAGGCCAUGCUAGGAAACUUUGGAAAAGCGGCAGGGUCUAAAAAGUGAUCUGCUUGACUAUAUUUAGUGGCCUUGUUCAGGUCAGCCUAGAAAACAAUUAGAAUGGUGAAUUCCAAAUAACUAUCUCGACUA